CGCGUGGACUCUGGUCAGAAGCGACCCCAAGUUUGGCCUCCCAGCCUCACUGCCAUUCACGGUUCACUUUACCGUUACCCAAGUCAGGCUGGCUCAAGGAGCAGGGAUCUCGGGAAGAAGCCUUUGUUUUGAAGUCUACUUUGUCAGAUUGCCUUCCACUCCAGACUCUCCUUGUGUGACUCCAGUCUGUGGCACCUUACCUUCUCCUGAGCCCAAGACUAAAAUACUGCAGCCUUUCACCACUGGAUGCUACCUAGGUGGCGGACCCCGGCACAGGUGCUCUCUGCUUGGGUGUCUGGUCUGGGAUCCAGGCUUCACUCCUCUCAGGGAAGCUCCAACAGCUGAGCUGUACCUUGGCCUGCCACCCAAAGGAGAAGUGCUGACCCUUUUCGCAUCUCUGUCCUUCCUGCUGGUCUUGAGGUGGUUUCUACGCAUCCUUGGUGACGAGUCCCCUGUUCAGUAUAACAGGUAUGGAUGGGAAGAAAUGCAGCGUAUGGAUGUUUUUACCUCUUGUGUUUACUUUGUUUACUUCAGCUGGAUUGUGGAUAGUAUACUUUAUAGCUGUAGAAGAUGACAAAGUUUUCCCAUUAAAUUCAGCUGAAAGGAAACCUGGUGUGAAGCAUGCACCAUAUAUAAGUAUUGCAGGUGAUGCACCUCCUGCAAGCUGUGUGUUUAGUCAAGUUAUGAACAUGGCAGCAUUCCUAGCUCUUGUGGUAGCUGUUCUGCGCUUCAUACAACUGAAACCAAAGGUUUUAAAUCCGUGGCUGAAUAUUAGUGGAUUGGUGGCAUUGUGUCUGGCUUCCUUUGGAAUGACCUUACUUGGUAAUUUUCAGCUCACCAACGAUGAAGAAAUCCAUAAUGUUGGAACCUCCUUGACCUUUGGGUUUGGUACAUUGACAUGCUGGAUCCAGGCUGCACUGACUCUGAAAGUCAACAUCAAGAAUGAAGGACGGAAAGUUGGAAUUCCACGAGUUAUUCUCUCAGCAUCUGUCACUCUCUGUGUGGUCCUCUACUUCAUCCUCAUGGCCCAAGGCAUCCAUAUGUAUGCAGCCAGGGUCCAGUGGGGCCUGGUCAUGUGCUUCCUGUCUUAUUUUGGCACCUUUGCUGUGGAGUUCCGGCAUUACCGUUACGAGAUUAUUUGUUCUGAGUACCAGGAGAAUUUCCUAAGCUUCUCAGAAAACCUGUCUGAAGCUUCUGAAUAUCAAACUGACCAGGUGUAACCUAUCAGCUUUUCCUUGCUGGUGAGGUGGGUGUGACAGUGGGGGAGGAGCCAGGAGGACACACCCACUGGACUUGACACAUAACCUCAUGACACAUUUUUUACACACACACACACACACAUACACAUUUGUGGCCACAUUUGCCAAAUGAGCUUUUCAGGGCGAGUUAUUUCUUUAAUUAAAAAAGCACAAGCCCUCAUGUGUCUAAAUACACGCUGUUACACUGAAAUAUAUGCACGACAGAGCGAAAAGCUUGUGCAUGACCACCUCUCUGCUCCCACUCUACCAGUAUUCCCCUGCUCUUCUCAUCCUCUUCACAUAUGUCAGACAUUGCAAUCACCCUACCGUGGGGUAGAGCAGGCAAAUGUACCAUGGGGAUAAUGCUAACUCCCAAAGUUGCCUUCAGACCCAGAGGGCUUGGAACCAGCUCAUGAGGAAGUUCUGAUAGGCACUAAUACUCUUGAAUGUAUAGGUAUCAUCUAUCUGUAUAGAAAUGUGACCCUGCAUAACCUGUGAAAAGACAUGGGAUCAAGGAUAGAACUUUCCCUCGAAAAUGCCAUCAUUGUUCAGUGGUUGGCCGUGAGGAUUCAGUGAAAGAAGAACAUGCUACACACUGUGAGAGUGAAGCCCACCACCCUUCACUGUGACUGGGAAAUGUCUCCAAAUGUGAAUAGCUGUGGUCUGCUAGGCAUGGAAGAAGAUGGGGCAGUGAGGGUGUGGUUUCAUUGUUGCUUUUAUAGUAUGCUAUGUACAGUUUUUGUUUUAUAUUUUAUAGCUUGCCUUCUGUUUCAAAAGUAACUACCAAGGGUCUUUCGAGGCUUUAUGGACACAGAGGUAGGCCAAAUGCAAUAGAUGAGCUUGUUUUUGGUUCAAUCAUGAUAAAAGAAAAAGAAAAAAGGUGACCUGCAGGCUUAAUUUGCUGCUUUUAUGUUUGAAGCUAAGGAAAUGUUCACAGGGCAGCACAAAGAAACGUGUGGAAGUAAUAAAAAGAGCUCGUGCUGGACAUUUAUUAAAGAUAGUUUUCGAGCAUCUUUUUGCAAGUCCAAGUCAGGGGAGAGUUUCUUAAUAUGUGUCUAUAGCUCAGAGUAGUAUUGGGGUGGGCAGGGUUAAGGGCUUUUCAUAUUCAAAAUUUGGAGAAGCCAACGAUAAGAUUACCAUCCCCCAAAAACAAAUUGGCACAGCUGUCACCUGCUGCCUCUCACGUAGUACCACUUGCUGAGCACCUAGAACUCAAACUGCAGGCCAGGGCUUUGAGGCUGUGCUUCAUAGAGAAGAGCAGAAUUCUAAAUUCAACAUGUUUUGGAGCAGGCCAUGUUGACAGACCCUCUAUGAGUGUACUUUGCUUCAAGAAUCCCCAAAUUUACUUUAUAGGAGCUGGGGGUUUCAUGGAAUGUAAUGUGAAAAACAUUGUUUUUUAAUUCAACCCAAAGUCAGCUUCUUGAGGAGUGGGGGAUGUCAAUGACUUUUCAUCUCUGUACCUCCACUUCCUACACAGUGCCUGGCACAUAAUAGGUGCUCAACAAACAUCUUUUGAAUGGAAUUAUUGGUAAUUUAAGAGUAGGAAAAAGGAGUACCAGAGAAAGAGCCAAAGUCAAGAGAGAAUGGAAAAAUGAUUGUUUCAAGGAAGACGCAUGAAUGGAAGAAAUCAUGAAUGAGGGUCAGAUGGGGGAGUGAAAAUACUUAUAAGUAAAUUUGUGAGGAAAAUAAUCAAGCAGAGAGUAUUCUAUUAAAAAGGUAUCUUACUGUAAAUAGUCCAAGGUGACAUUUAUUAUUUUGGAAUACUGCUUUUGGGUUUUUCUCAUUUUUAUAUUUUAAAAUUUUUAUCAGAGAACAAAGAUUUAUGAAGUUCUCUGUUACUCUAUACAAUCCAAAUUAAACAGCUUUUGGUGAUGCACUGUACACUUUCUUAAGAGUUUAUCUUAUAAUAGCGCAUUUUAGCAGAAUCAAGCAAUGACUGGCAUUAUUCAUUGGGAUCUGACCACUAAAUAAAAAUUUUUUAUGCAGAA